CCGUUCCCAUUUUCCUAUACGAGUUCGACUUAACGGUCUCCUCUCAAUUUGCAACAUUUUGAACGUACACUCAAACACGUUUGUCUCCAGUAACAUACAACAAACAAAAAAAACGUGCGCGUCGUAACAUCUGAAUAUCAAUACGAACGGCGUACGGUACCAAGAUUGAAAGGACCCGUUAAUUUCGGCCGAAUUCGAAAUGAAUGCGUCGUGAAUCCAAUGCAUCCGUAUUGCUCGCGAUAAACAUGUAAAAAUGAUUUUUCUCCUUUUUUUUCUCGGGGCGUGAAUAAAUUAAAUUCGUUUCCACUCCUUCGCUUCUGGUCUUCGACCCGCGAACUCUUCUUAUUUAUUCGCCGUCCAUCGCACGCUCAACAUCGACAAUGCUGUUCGAUAAAUUGAUGUUGAUGAUGAUCGCCGUCGUCGCAACGACCGCCGUUCCGAUAACGAAAAACGCCACCGACUACGAUCUGUCGCAGUUCAAUCAAGUGCACGAUCAAAGGCAAACCGGAAAGGGUAAUUUUAAGCUCAACAUCGACGGGGUCGCCGUCAUGAUCACCACCCCCGAGGAACUGCUGCAAAGUGCACUGUUAAUUGCGCCCGCUCUAAUCGAAGACAUUGUUCCAGAUUAUGCAGAUCUCGAGGCAAUAUUAAACGGUGGCGAGAAACCGGAGGACUUGAUCCGUCCUGAGGACACAACCUCAACAUCUUCAACGACUUCGACGACCACAACCACAGAAUCCACCAUAAAGUCCACGACGGAUAGUUCAACUACUGCGGGAAGCAGAUCUGUUAAAAGAAGGUUGAAGUUUCCCAGUUUUCUCAGGCCGUUUUUGGUGCGAUUACAGUAAGGGUUUGGCUGUUGAUGAGAUUAUAAUAGACUGAGUUUUGUAUCAAAUAUAUUAUUUAUUUAU